AUGGGUGUGAAACGUAAAAUAGAAGAAAAUAUUACUGAACCGGAAAAAAAGAAUAAAUCAGAUCAAAUAUUUCCGAUUGAAACAUUUGUUAAAAAUCUGAAGGAUCCGGAAACAUCGUUUUUAGCCUUAAGUGAAUUUAACGAACAUGUUCGUCAGGUAUCAUCUCAAGAAUUAAUUGAUGAAUUGAUGGAAAAUCUUCUUCAAUAUUUAAAUUCAAAUAUAAAUGAUAUUCUUACACUUAUUACGGAAGAAAAGCGCAAAUCAAGUGAAAAUAUAACACUUUAUCGAUUUCUUACAACAUUCAUGGAAUAUUUUUCAAGAAAAAAUGAAUUAAUAUUAUCAGAAACUGUGAUAAAAAAAUUUGUUUCAAUAUCAAGUUCAAUUCAUACAAUUUAUUUCAUGUUAUCUAGUCAUAGUACAGCAAGCCAUUUAAAAACUACAUUACGAUUUUUAUUAUCUAUGAUUCAAUUGAAUGAAUUUAAUGCUCGAUUGAUUUUUUCAUUGAUUGAUUUUAAAAGACCAUGUUGGAAACCAUUACUUAAACGACGUGAUAUUCGAGAUACUGAAGAUGUUCGUUAUUGGACAAUAAAAUUCUUUUUAUCUCCAUUAGUUUAUCAAAAUCUUGAUACAAUAAGAACUCUAAUCAAAGAACAAGAUAUACAUCAUGAGAUUUUUAAUGGACUUGUGAAUGAUUCUCGUACAACAAUCGAAUAUAUACUUGAUGAAAUGCGUGCAAAUAUUAUUAUGGUUCCGGGAGUAACAAAAACUGAUAAACUUCAUUUAUUUGAUGAUCGAAAUUUAAGAUCACUUGUUCGAUUAUAUAAUUGGAAUGGCCAACAAAAGCAAAAGGAUAUAAUUAAAACGAAGAAGAACAAUAAAUUAGAAGAAUCAUUAGAUUUUGAAGAUAUGGAAGUCGAAGAAAAUGGUGAACGAGAUGAAGUCCGUCGAAUCGUUCAUACAUUUCUAAUGAUUAUAUUAAAUUCAAGAAAUUAUGGAAUUAACUUUUUCGAUUCAAAUUUCGGAACUUCGUCAAAAAAUGCAAAUCCAAUAAUUUUUAAAGUUAUCACGAAUCUUUCAAGUCAUUUUCUCACCGAUGAAUAUGCUGCCAAUUUAAUUGUUACUUGCUUAACAACAUGUCCUGAUAUUCUUCAAUCACUUUUUAAACUAAUAUCACAUGAAUACAUAAGUAUCCGUUCAAAAACUCUAUCAGGAACAUUAGAAUUUCUUUGUGAAGUGAUUCAACAACAAAAAUCACUUUAUUCUUGGCAAGAAAUAUUUCAAACAGUAACUGAUUCAAUAAAAUUAACUGAUAUAUUAAUUCAUUUAACAUUACCUAUCGAUAUAAUGAAUAAAUUUGAUCAAGUCAUUUUAAAAAAUUCUGAUACAACAAUUCAAGUGGUUGCAAUGAAAUUUCUUUCGAUGAUAUUAGAAAGAGUUAAAGAAGCUUUCAAUAUGAUUAUGAACCUUUCAUUAGCUUGUGACAAAACCAGUGCCAUUGAAGCAUAUCAACAAGCCAUUUUAAGAUAUAUUCCAAAACCUGAUCAUUUCUGUGAUUCAUUAAAUGUUCUAAAAACAGUUAAAACAACAUCUGAGUUCAAUCAAUCCAUAAGUCAAUAUAUAAAUUUAUUGAAACUAUAUUCUUCAUCAUGUUUUAUGUCAAUGUCAGCAAUGAAUAUAAAUCUUGAUAUACUUCUAUCAAAUUCCGUAUUGAAUUUACUAUCGUUCUUUAAAGAUACUGCAUUAGAAAAUGAUACUAUUGAAAAUUAUUUUCAAUGUAUUAAAAAUAUUCUUAAUUAUCGAGAAUCAAUCGAUGAUGUUACUUGGGCAAGACAUAAUAAAGAACUAGAAUGUACACCUUUACGAAUGUUAUUUAAAUUAGGAAAACAAUUGAAAAAUUUCAAUAACAUCUCUGAAGAUCUUUCAUUGAUUAUUAGUAAAUUUUCUUCGAUGAUAAAUAAUUAUGAUCAAGAAAUAAUUAUCUGGAUUUAUACAUGGUUAAAAUUAGGAGCUAGCGAAAAAUUGGAACAAUUUUUAUCGAAUUCGAUUGAAAAAAUUAUUUUAAAUCCAUAUCCUCUUGUUGAAAAAACAAUCAAAGAUAGCGGAUAUAGUUUACUGAUUUAUUCGGCUCUUGAUACAAUUCAGCAUGCUAAAGAAGAUAUUGCAAAUGAAAUUGAUGAAUAUCUAUGUGAUGUUGUCUUUCAAAUUUAUAUUGAACAUAUAAAUCUACCAUCGGAUAAAAUCCAUCAUCAUCUACAAAAAAUUUAUUUAAAGAAUAAAAAUGAUAUGAAGAUUUCUCAAUUGCUUAAUAUUAUUUCAUCACCAGACAAACAAAAUCAAGUUUUAAUGUAUGAAAUAAAUCGUAUUGAAAAAUCCAUUCUGGCAAAUAUUGAUCUAGAAAAAGGUCCUGACAAUCUACAAAUCAAUUUAGCAAUGAAAUUAAAUCUGUACAAAAUAUUUGCAUUACAUGACACUGAUAAUUCACGAUUAAUUAGAGAAAUGGUUCAAUGUUUAAAUAUUGUUCUUCUUCUAAAUGACUCUCGUCGGUCAUUCGAAGUUCUAUUCGAUAAAACCAUUGAACGUAUGCAAGCUUAUUCAUCAUCGAUAGAAAAUACUCAAAUAAUUUCAUUAAUUUGUCAACUUAUUAACGGACUUGAUAUGCCUCAUCAAACAUUAAAACCACUUGAAAAUUCGAAAAUUCUAUUGAAAUGCCUUGAAAAUGAACCAAAUAAUUAUCGUAUUAUUUAUUUUACUUCAAAUUAUCUGUCAUUUGCAUAUCGAAUCGAAUUUCUCAAUAUCAUUUGUCAAACAUUUACCGAUAAUGUUGAUGUUUUAAAAAUUAUUAUUAAUGAAAUUAAAACGAAUAAAGAAGUUAACGAUGAACGAUUUUUAGAUACCAUCAUUGAUGCUUUAAAAGAAUUUCAGGAUAAUAUUGAAGAAUCCAUUGAAUGUGCUAUGGAAUUAAUUGAUAGAAUGAAGAAAAUAUCAAAUAAAAAUUGGAAAAAUAUUAUAAGAUUAAAACAAAAGAUUCUUUUUAAAUUAGCUAAUAAAGACUAUUCUCAAACACAAACUCGAAUUCUUGUUGCAAAAUUAAUCGUUCAAACAAUAACUGCUCUUCGAUCGAAUGAUCGCAUAAAUGCAAUAAUUCGUUUGAUCAAUAAAUCAGAUCGUUCACUUCUUCUUCUAGCUUAUGUUUUUCGUGGUUUAUUAAAUCUUGAUGAACCUAUUGAAAAUGAAUCAUUUUGUGAUUAUCUUGCUAAACUUAUCGAUAAUUAUUCAUCGGAAUCAGUUGUUUUUGAUUUGCUUCAAGUUUAUUGUCAAAAGAAUGCCAAUCAACAUGAACAGGUUUUAGAACUGCUUCAAAGCAAAGAUAAUCAACACAGUCUACCUGUGAAACAAACGAAUCAAUUGUUACUUAUUUUAAAAUUAUUUCCAGAAUCAACAACAAUAGUAGAAAAAAUCUAUAAAGAUCUUGUCAAGAAAGCUCUGGUCUUUUUUGAAUCAUCCGAUGAAAACAAUAAUGAAAAUAUGGAUGGAUGGUUAAUCUCUUUUGAGCAAUGUACCAAUCAUUUUGUAACUCAUCCUGAAACACAAAUUCAAAUUGAUUUAUAUGUUUUAAUUAAUCAUAUAUUGAAACACUUUUCUACAUUCACUACAAAUUCAAUAAAUCUCUUGAAAACUCUCAUACAACUUUUCGUAUCUCAACAAUCGUUUGAUCAAAAACAUUUGUCAAAAUUAUUUGCAAAAUUUCUUAAACAUAAAAGUUUUCUUGAACAACUUUCCUCAUUGAAUGGUUCGAUUCUAGUCGAUACAAUUGCAUUGUUUGUUUCACAUUAUGAUUCAGUCCAAUCAAAAAUCACAAUUGAUUGUGCAAAACAUUUUCCUAUGUUAUUAUCAAUUUACAAUCCGACAUUAUCGAAAAAUGAUCAACAUACAUUAGCUUGUAUGUAUACAUAUGAAAAACAUGGUUAUUCAAUGAAAUCAGCUUUUGUUUGGGGUGAAGCUGCAUUAAAACUAUAUAGUACGACAACAGAUGCAAAAAGUGUUUUAUUACAAACAUCAAAAUUAGAUCAGGUCAUGAGUCUAUUGGAUGAUAAAAUGAUGAUGAAAUCAAUUUUAUCUUAUCCAGUAACAAGAAGAUUACGAACGAUUGAACCAAAAGUUUAUCAAGACGGAGAUCAAAUUUAUGAUCCAGUUUAUUUAAUACCUGUUUUUUAUCAUUCACUAGGUCCAGGAUGUGUUGUUAAAUGUCAACAGUUUGUUGAAAAACAUUGUCUUGCCUAUUGUCUGAUGGCAUUAAGUUCCCGAUGUGGUUUAUUACGAGCUGUUGUUUACAAUUGUCUUGCACGUUUUGAACAACAUUUAAUAUCUCAAAGAUUUUAUUGUAAAGAACAAUUAUUAACAAUGUUUACAUUACUAAAACAAAGUAUUAAAAAAUCAAAUUUAAAAUUAGCACCUAUCGUUGCGUUAUUUCUGUCAAAAUUAGUAGAUUUAUUUACUCAUCCAGAAUCAAAAAUAUAUCGAACAAUAACAAGAUUCCUUCUUAAACAACCCUAUAUUGAUCUUGUUCAUAUUCCACUAUUUGGCGAACUUUUUCAUAGUUCAACAGUUGAAUAUAAAUAUGAACGUGGAUGGAUAUUAAAUUUAUUAAAACAUGGUAUAAAAGAUACAAUUGAUUAUACAUUAUGUACGAAAGCAUAUGUAUUUAAAACAUUAAUGACAUUUUAUGAUUGUUCAUUAUGUGAUGAUUCAAUAAAACUUGAAAUUUUAAAUGUCUUUUAUUCAACAAGCAAAAUUCAAGACAUGUUAAUGUCACUCUUAUUUGAUUAUGGAUUCCUUCUCUGGUUACAAGUGAUUGUUAAAAAUUGUUCUAGUGAAAGUUUAAUGUUACUAUCGGGAAUCAUUCAAAAUAUUGGUUUACGUUUGACAUCAAUUGAUAAUCAAGUACAACUAUUAGAAUUUGAUUGUCUUCUGUUGUUAUUCGUACGUCGAUUAAAAAAUGAAGCAACAAUUGCGUCAUCAAUUGCCGAUAAUGUGAUAUCUACUUUAAUGAAAUAUCAAGAAAAUUUGAAACCAAACCAAACUGCUCUUGAUAUCAAACAGAUAAAACAUAUUGUUGAUUGUUCAACAAUAGCGAAAAAUAUUUCAUUGUUAUCUUGUUUUUGUUAA